AUGAAGGCCAUCGAUAAGGAGCUGCUGCCUAUGAAGGCUCACUACUUUCUCUUCAAUGCAGGCACCGCUCCCGUCGUCCCCUUUAUGCCCACCCUCGCCGGCCAGCUGGGAUACUCCCCCGCAGUAGUGGGCACCAUGUACAUGAUAUUGCCCAUCAUUGGAAUGCUGGCGAAGCCCCUCUUUGGCUACAUUGCAGACCGGUACCAUAAACAUCGAACCCUCUUCCUAGGCGGCCAAGUACUCACAGGACUUGCCUUCUUCAUGAUCAUGUUUGUGCCGGGAAUGGAGAAGCCGCUGCCCAAGGUGGAGUUCCACUGUCAUCAGGGCGUAUCCAAUGUUCGGUUCUGCUCCCAGUACGGUGAGUGCGUGGAAAAGAAUCUGGAAAGGUUUUACGGCAAUCGAACCCUGGGCUGCGAACUCCAGUGCGAGGCACAGCCAUUCCUUUGGGAUAUUGUGUGCCAGGAUUGGCUGCAAAACAAGACAGAGAACUGUGCCGCGAAUCGCACAAAUCCCCAGCUGGACUUCAGCUCCAGCAUCAACAUGAAUGACAUCGUCGACGAGGGCGGCUGUAUGUACUUUAUGAUUCCCCAUGAUCAUGGCCAGAUUGCGGGUCAGAAUGUCACAUUUAUUUGUCCCAAGGAGAAGGACUACUUCAAGACCAACUGUACCAUGGACUGCAAGGAGGAUUACCUCAAGGAACAGUUGGCAGAGAGUGCAGUGAUUAACACGCGCAGUGCCAUGGCCAUGCCACAGUUUUGGUUCUUCUUCGGAAUGCUCAUCUUUAGCUGGAUCGGCAUGGCGGUAGUGGUCAGCAUCGGAGAUGCCAUUUGCUUUGGAAUCCUUGGCGAGCGUCAUCAUCUGUAUGGCAAGCAACGGCUGUGCGGAUCCCUUGGCUGGGGAAUAUUCGCCUUGCUGGCCGGUGUCCUCGUGGAUCAUAUGUCCGUGGGUGAGGUGAACAAGAACUACACGGCUGUAUUUUGGAUGGCUCUGCUCAUAAUGGGAUUCGAUGUGUUUGCCUCCUCCAAGCUAAGGCACACCCAGACACAUUUAUCGUCCAACAUCGUGAAGGAUGUCGGCCAAAUGUUCCUCUCUCUACGCUGCGUCAUCUUCUUUCUGUGGUGCGUGGCUAUUGGUCUGGGCACAGCGCUGAUCUGGAACUUCCUUUUCAUCUAUCUGGAGCAGCUGGACAAGGCGUUCGAGGGAUGCGACAGUUCAAUCAAGACUCUAGAGGGGUUGGUCAUGAGCAUUCAAUGCUUUGGCGGUGAGCUGCCCUUUUUUUUCCUUUCGGGAUGGAUUCUGAAGAAGAUUGGACAUGUGAACGCCAUGAGCCUUGUGCUCUUCGGGUUCGGAGUGCGAUUCAUUCUGUACUCGAUGCUGCAGAAUCCGUGGUACAUUCUUCCCAUCGAACUGAUGAACGGGGUGACUUUCGGACUCUUUUACGCCACCAUGGCCUCCUAUGCGAGCAUUGUGGCUCCACCGGGCACCGAGGCUACCAUGCAGAGCCUGGUGGGUGCCAUUUUUGAGGGAGUCGGCGUCUCCAUGGGCAGCCUUAUUGGGGGACUGCUCUUCGAGUCGGUUUCUGCUCGCACCACCUUCGAGAUCUUUGGAAUCGGCGCCUUCAUUAUCUUCGUGGUGCACGUAUCCAUUCAGAUGUACCUGCAACGCAAUAGAAACACUGACGAAAACGGCACUGUCAAGUAUUUUGCACCGACAGAUGCAAUGCACAUGCUGAAUGAUCAGGAGUAUAGUAGAGUUAGCUAAACCAAUCACCAAAAAUAAACACCAAUCACCAAGAACAGUCACCAAUGAACCAGCGAGAGCAACAGUAACCAGAUCCAACUCCGCUACAGAUCAGCUGUGAAUGCUCCUCCACUCCGACAUCUUUCUACUCUCGAUGCUGCAUGUUAACUCAACUGUUUUGUAUUGUAAACGUGCUUUAAUUUAGUAGUAACUUAUUUUAGUAAUCACACACUCCCACACACAACACACUGACGCGUGCAUAUGUGCACGCUGUGUACGCGGAAGUACCUUGCCCAUUUACCUUUGAAUUAAAUGUGAGAACUUAAUUAUUUGUAGAACUACAAGCGCAGUCAGUCGGUCGGUUAAGCAUGAUCCGAUUUUCUUACCGUGAAUUUAAGCCGCUGCUGCCUUGGCGCUGUGAAUGUGUAGCCAUUGUUUUCCCACCACACCAUCUUACUGUUUAAUGUAUACAUAUAAAUUAUAUUUUUAUAUAAUUAUAAAUAAUAUUUGUAGCUAGUUGUAGCUUCCUUUGUUCCGGGUGCAUGUAUGUAGCUUUUUCUU